ACAGUUCACCGCUGGUAGGAUUCAGAAGCUGACAGCUGUUGAAAACCUGGGAAACUUAUCCAUAUUUUGAGAGAUUUAAACUUUGUUAUCGGAAUUUAAAUAUGGCUGGAGGAAGGAUUAGUUCCACUUUAUCGUCUGGACCAGCAGUGGCACUGACUAAAACUAUUUUGACGAUAUUCAACUUUAUUUUUUGGAUUUCUGGAAUCGCUAUUCUAGCUCUAGGAAUAUGGGCGAAGGUAGAGUUAUAUAUCUACAUGGAACUGUCAACAGUCUACUAUAAGGAGGCACCUUACAUUCUGAUUGGUGUCGGAGCUGUCAUCGUUCUUGUCGGCUCGUUUGGGUGUUGCUGUACAUUUAAAGGACAUUCAGUACUUCUCUACAUGUAUGCAUGUUUCCUGGUUUUGGUGUUUGUUGUUGAAUUGAGUGCCGGAGUGGCGGGCUUUGUCUACAAAAGCAAGCUAGAAGCUGGUUUCAAGGAAGGACUUGGCACUGCACUCACACAGUACAACAAAGAUGCAAAGAUGCUGAAAGCUUUUGAUGGUCUCCAGCAUAACCUUCACUGCUGUGGAAAGAACAAGUACCAGGAUUGGUUUGACACCCCAUGGGAGGAGCAGCAGAAGAACCUGACAAGGGUUGUUCCAAAGUCAUGUUGCCGAGUGGAUCAGAGCAAGUGCAAGCACUACGAUCUUCCAGCAGACAGCAAAAACCAGACUUUGGAUAUUUACACCAAGGGCUGUUAUGAUACGGUUACAGGCUUCAUGCGGAAAAACAUGGCUCUGAUUGGUGGAGUUGCCCUUGGGAUCUCGUUCUUCCAGCUUCUAGGAGCUGUCCUUGCCUGUUGUCUGGCCAAGAAUAUCAACAAAUCCAAGUAUGAACAAGUCAAAUAAAGACACCCUGCUGUGGGGUAAAUUUGGAAGUAUGAGGAACUGGUGCAACAUACUUGAAACUAUGGAGAACCUUUAAGUGUUAGCAGUUUAUUUCACAGAAUUAACACACAAAAUAUUUUAUUAUUUACUAACUUUUCUAUAUUAUUUUUUAAUUGCUUAGUAAAUGAUUUUUAAAGAAUUCAUUUAUUUUUUUCAUUGUUGAGAAAAUCAAAAAAGUCUGUAAGAAUAAAUGUAAAGGGAUGAAUAAUAAUGAAUGUUGCAAUAAUGCAAAUAUAAACCUAGUAUAGUGUUAAGUUUUAAGAAAUAUCUACUCUUCUUUAAUUAGAAAAUAUUUGUUGUUUUAUUAUUAACUAUAGAAUUUUAUUUUUUAUUAUGUUUGUAAAAGAAUAGGGUAAACCUGUAUAAUGACUGAUAUUUUAUCAUAUCUGUCAUCUUUAACAAAUGUUACAGUAAACUGUUGUUGAGUUAAAAAGAACCAUUUUGCUUAGAAAACAUGCUAACUUUGGUAUUUUACAGUAUGUUACUACAUAUACAAACUUUAGUUGUAUACAAAAAAAACCCACAAAAAUUAAAUAUUUUAUAUCAAAACAUGUAUAACUUUUGUGCAAGUAUAUACUGAGCAAUGCCUUCAAAAUUUCAUGAAUGAUGUCAUUAUGUUGUCAGACAAUGUCAAUGGUGUCAUCAGACAAUGUUAAUGAUGUUGUCAGACAAUGUCAUAAAUGAUGUCGUCAGACAAUGUCAUAAAUGAUGUUGUCAAACAAUGUCAUAAAUGAUGUUACCAGAUGAUGUCCUUUUGGGACAAUAGAGAGGUUGCAGUUCCAUACAUGAUGUGUAGUUAAUCCCUGUACAUAACAAGAGGCAUCUGCUAUUUGUCAGACAAUUAUAAUCCAAAAGUUUGCUAGAAGUAAACAUUACAUUUAAAGCAUGUAAGUUUGCAGAUAUUGUUGGAUGUUUAAAACAUUACCAUACCUUCUGAAUAACUUGUCAUAUUCUGACUUUUGGCAGCUCAGAUACUUAUUGAAGAAAGGAAUGAAAUUUACAUGGUCCCAUACAAGACUUAUGAAAUUGUCACAUCUCCAAAGACAUUUGCUAACAGAUUAAAUGCAGUGGUUAAGUUUUAACAACCAAAAGAAACACUUCAUUUUUUGCAUAUCAUGAUGCAUGACCUACCAAAAUAUGUGUUAAAUGUGCAUCUUUAUUUUUAUUUAAAAAAGGAGAAAAUCAAAAAAAGUUAUUUUUCUUUACGUUUUUCAUCUACUAGCUAAUUUUUUGAUUGCUUGAAUAUAGCUCUUUUACUAAAUAGGUACUAAGAGAUCUCACAGGUCAAAAACUUUAUUUCUCAAAUGCCGAAAUUUAGAUGCCAGGACUUGGAAGUUUUUAUUCAGGGCCGUUAAAUCAAAAUCUUUUGCUGAUGUUUGUAUUUAUUUUAUUUAUCCUCACCCUAGAAAUCUGUCUCCUCUCAUUGUUUAAGACUGAUCUCUUCUUGGUGAAAUUCAUUCAAGUAAAUGUUUGCUGGCAAUCAUACUUUAAAGAAAUUCACACUGAAUAUAGACUAUAACACUGUCUUGAAAUGAACCUAUGGGAUGUGCUGAUGAUGAAAUUGGUCUUAAUUGGAAGAAGAAAUCAGCAUGUGGUUUUUCCUACAAAUUUACCAGAUCUUAUUUCUGCUUUAUAUUUAUGACUGUUUUUCAUUUUGUCUUUUUACGGUUAUUUUUUAAAGGACAUUGCCCCCAGAUAAACAUCAAAACUUAGAGGUGACAGUUGAUUUAAGAUAUCAAAAAUGAUAAACUGGUAUUGUUAACUGCAGAGAUAUUUUAAUGUGUAUGAUAUAAAGUACAGUUAAAGCUACACAGUCAUUUUCUGUUUAAUUCUAGUAUAGUUGAUAAAAUCUGUAAAAUCAUUUGCACAUUUUUAGUGGGUAGGAAAGUUACACAGAGAAGAAUCAUUUUAGGCCAAUACAUAUACAUUUUUGAAUACAUGUAUGUCUCAAAAAUUAAAAAAGAUCUUACAACCUUCUCUAGAGAAAUUAAUAAUGAUGUAUUGCAUAUUUCAGGGGUUUAAAGAUACAAUUUGUGAAAAGCUGAUAUAAAAGAAUUUUUUUCCAGAAAAUAUUGCUUUAUGCUGUACUAAGAUAUUCUGAAAAUUUUAUAAUAACCUAUGAAUAAUUAAAGCAAAAAUAGAACUUUAAAAAAACAUAAUGGUGUCCUAAAUUGCUGGAAUUUACAACCGCAAAUAGCUCUUAUCAAAAUCAACUUUUGACAGUGAACUCGAAGCUAAUCAAGAUAUCUUAAAAAAGUAUGGAAGUUUUUAUAACCAAUUUCCAUGUUAUAUAGAAUGAAAUGUUAUAGGAAUUAUAUUGUCUUAUAUUGUAACAACUCCUGUAACAGAAAUGAAAGAUAAAAUGGUAAUUAGUGGACUGGGAUUUUUAUUGUCAGUUUCAUAAAAAUGAAAUAUUGAAACACCAAUGUUUUUGUAGAUAAUUUAAUUUAUAUUGUUAUACAGAUCAGUUUUACUUUUCACUGAUAAAUCCACCUGUCAGCUGGUGCUUAUUAAAUUGAGCCGUGUCAUGAGAAAAUCAACAUAGUGGCUUUGUGACCAGUGUGGAUCCAGACCAGCCUGUGCAUCUGCGCAAUCUGGUCAGGAUCCUUGAUGUUCACUUUCAAAGCCUAUUGCAAUUAAAGAAAUCGUUAGCGGACAGCAUGGAUCCUGACCAGACUGUGUGGAUGUGCAGGCUGGUCUGGAUCCAUGAUUGUAGCAAAGCCACUAUGUUGGUUUUCUCAUGGUGUAGCUCAUUUGUUUAUUGUAGGGAUGGGAACGAAUGUUCGAAUAUUCGAAUAUUCGAAAAUCGGUCGAAUAUUCGAAUAUGAAAAUCAAAUUCGAAUAUUCGUAAAUUAUUGUAUUUUUUUUUUAAAAAUAAGUUUCUUUGAUUUUGGGCAGUAUGAACCAGACAUACAGAAUAAAACCAUGUCAUGUUAGUUGAUCACGUAUCAAAAGAUGUCCAAUUAACAAGAAAAUAGCAAUGCAUAAUUGGCAGGGGCCAUCGUUACUUAUUAACAGUUUGCAACAGGCGUCAAUGUGUCAGAUGCAUGUCAAAAGAUGUCCAAUUAACAAGAAAAUUGCAAUGCAUAAUUACCUGGGGUCAUCGCUACGGAUUAACAGUUUGUAUUAGGCGUAAAUGUGAUAUCUUUUUAUCUUUUGUUCAUUUUUAUUGACGCCUGUUUUAUGUAACAAGUUGUAGAUUUUUUUUUCGAAAACACUACCAAACUUGUAGAUAUUGUCGAUCUUUUCACAAUAUUUUCUACGACGUUUCAGACCAUCCGCAGAAUCGGUUUUCAUCCGCAAUCGGUCGUAUUCGAAUUAAAUUUUGAAGUAGUUAAUAAUAAAAUCAAGAAAAACGUAUGAUUGAUGCACAAGUUCAUGUUGAAGGAGGUUUAAGUCUGCCUUACUUGCAUUUUACACGACGAUUUUUACACGCCGAUUGAAAUUUUUCAAAAUGGCGGCGGUGAUACAACAGCGCAUCACGUGUUUAAAUGGGACGACCUGCUAUUUUUAGAUAAAAUUGCGACGGUCUAAAUUAUAAUCGUUUUGAUUUUUUGUAUCAUUUUGAAGCUAAAACACUGAAUUAGUAAAACAUGUUCAUGAUUAUACUAACAGAAUCGUGAAAUAAAACGCUAGGAUCGGCGGGUUUCGCUAUGUAGGAUCGGGUUACCCGAAACAAACAUUUUUUGGCCUUAUUUACGAUGAUCCACGCUUUAAAUAAAUGAAUACGUUGUGUAUAUGCCAAUCACUUAAUAAGAAUUUAAAGCUUCCAUUAAAACUAACCGAAUAUUCGAAUAUAUUCGAAUAUGGCAAACCGAAUAUUCGAAUAUCGAUUUCAGUAUUCGUUCCCAUCCCUAGUUUAUUGUUAUAGUUAGAUUUAUAUAUUUGUUGUUCAUAUACAAGCCUGUCUCCAGAUAUAUUGAAAUUGCCAGUCAGUUGAAAUAUUUUGUAUAACAGAUAUAUCCAUUAAUCUGCAGAAAGCUUUUCAUAGUUAAUGUUCAUUUUCAUAACUUUUUUAGUUUAGCUGUUUGGACCACCCCGAGUCUGUCAGUACCAUCCACUAUCAACAGUAUUUAUUUACUGUUUACACACUAGAAGUCACAAUUUUCACCUUGAUGGAAGUUGGACAGAAAGAUUGUCUCAGUAAAAUCUGGGACAAGCUUUUAGUGGGUUAUUUUGGGGUCCAACUAAAUCAUAUAGGCAAAUAAUGGAAAAAAAACCUUGUUAACAGUCUAGAGAACACAUUUUCUACCAAAUCUUCUUGAAGCUACAUGUAAUCAGAAUGUUUACCUUUAUGAAAUCUAGAUCAAGUCUGAAGCUAUGUCAGCAGGUCACUAAUGUUAAAUCGUAGAAAAUCCUUGUUAACAUUCUAAAAGGCCAAAUGAGAAUGUUAGAAUGUUUGUUGAUGUACAAUCUUUGUUAAAUUCAAGACCUAGUGAUCUCUGAUAAAAAUUUAGGUCACUAGGUUUAAUCAUAGAAAAACCUUUUCAUCACUUCAUCACUGCUGAGGCCAGUGCUUGGAGCUCAUCCUCUGGUACUGGAAUAGCAUCCCACUGGCCCUUUGAACACAUCCUUAUGGUACGGAGUGUAUAUCCUUCCUGUACCUGGAAUUUAUCCUUUGGUACUCUGAGCAAAUCCUUCAGGUCUUGGGAAUGCAUCAUUGGGUACUGGAAGCGCAUCCUUAUACUCAGGAGGAGGGGUGUGGGGGUUACAUACUUAUGAUGCAAGGUACUGUGAGCACAUCUUUCCGGUAUGGGGAGUGUGCCUUCUGGUUAUGGGAGCUAUUCUUUCCUCCAACACUUUCCUAGGGAACACGUCUGUUCAGCACUGAAAGCUACCUGUUGAUGCUGGGAGCACCUUCUGGCACUUGGAGUGGUUUCUCUCUGUACUGACAGCAACCUUCUAGCACAGGCGGUGUUUCCUUCCUGCACAUGGAGCACAUGUUUCCUGUGCUGGGAGCUUCAGGUACUGGUUUAACAUUGGUUCAUCAUUGAUUCAUCAUUAGUUACUGCUUUUCUUAUUCAAGCUGCUUCAGAGAUAGUUAUUUGUAUGUUCACCUGUUGUUUUUUUGCAAUAAGAUUUACAUUGUUAUAGUCUGUUUAUAACUUACUGACAUUUUAAUAACCCACCUCUUCACAGGUGUUUAUUUUUCAAAUAUUAUAGUCAGUUUCAUAUUUGUAUUAGUUAUGUACCUCUGAUAAAUCCCUGCAGGCAGUUUUGUCAACAGUAUUGUUAGUUUUUCUUUAUUUUAUUUUUUCUACAAGUGUUAUCUAGUUCAGAGUCAGACUAUUCAUUUGCUUUCAUUAAUGUGUAUUGCUUUUCUGUUUGUAAAAACCAUUGAAAAUUG